UGCUGCGAUGGCUCACUUAUCCAUUGUUAUUGUGCAUCUGCGCCUUGUAUCGUCUUGCUGCCAUUCCCACUAACCACGGCAGCCAUGGCUUCCCUGUCCAUUGCCUCCUCCUCCUCCACCAAGCUUGUUUUGCCCGGCUCGCUCUCGCCCCCUUCCCCUCGCCUCUCCAAUCGCGCUUGCUGUCUCGCUCCCUCUUAUGCUUUGAAAUUCAGUCCCCGGGCUUCUGUUUCGGGUGGCGCUGCGUUGCCAUGGUCGCCUGAGACUGAUGUUCGGUCCACUCAGAAUUCAUUGUGGACUCCCCUGGCGUCACAGACUGCUUCCCCUGGCAUGCGGUCAGCUGAAGCAGAUGUGAUGGGACUCAUGCUAAAGCAGCGCAUUGUGUUUCUUGGUCACCAAAUGGAUGACUUCGUUGCUGAUGCAAUAGUCAGCCAGUUGCUUCUCUUGGAUGCUGUCGACCCUAACAAGGAAAUUCGUCUGUUUGUGAACUGUCCCGGAGGCUCUAUCAGUGCUGCUAUGGCUAUCUUUGAUGCCAUUCAGCUGUGUAGAGCGGAUGUUUCCACAAUUUGCUUCGGUUUGGCUGCUUCAACAGCAGCAAUAGUACUUGCCGGAGGUACGCCGGGGAAGCGAUUGGCAAUGCCUAAUUCUCGUAUUAUGAUGCAUCAGCCCUUGGGAGGUGCUAGUGGACAGGCAAUUGACGUCGAAAUUCAAGCCAAAGAGGUUAUGUACCACAAGAGCAAUGUCACGCGUAUUUUAUCUGAGAUUACAGGGCGGGCUCCUGAGCAGGUAGAGAAGGACAUUGAUAGGGACCGGUACAUGUCUCCUAUCGAAGCAAUGGAAUAUGGCAUUAUUGAUGGCGUCAUUGACAAGGAUGCAAUCAUUUCUAUUAAUGGAUUGCUUGAAGUAUCUGAUAGGGUUAAACCUCGCAAGGAGAACUUAGCUGCCUUGGAAGAUCCUCGGAAGUUUUUAACUCCUGAGAUUCCAGAUGACGAAAUUUAUUAGCUUCUUUCAGACUAUAAACAUAUUCAAUCCAUGUAGAAUUUUUCUUCUGUCUUUGUCUAUCAAAUGCUUCCCCCUCAUUUGCCGCA